AUGUGUAUAACUACAUCAAAGAGAGCAAAUGAUAAAUUGGUAGAUGUACCAAAGAAGGAGUCUGGUUUGGGUCCAAUGGAGCCUUUGAGAUUGUUAUGGAAGUUUGCCAGACCACAUACUAUCAUCCAUUCAUUCCUCACACCAUGGACCAUGGCUGCCGUUGCUGCCGGUGGUUACUCCGCCCUCGCCACAGCCACCACUAGCACUCCAGCCUUUGCUGGUGCCAUCACACUCCUCUGGCUUGCCUACACAAUGGCCAACCUCUAUAUUGUUGGUCUCAAUCAAAUAUAUGAUGUAGAAGUAGACAGGAUCAACAAACCAAAUUUACCUAUUGCAUCUGGUGAAUUAUCAGAGUCUAGUGCUUGGAAGAUUGUGUUGGCUGCUUUGACUGCUUCUGUCGGUCUGUUGAGCGCUGCCACAUCUGAUGUGCUUAUCUGUGUCCCAUUCGCCACUUUGUUGGCCAUUGGCACUUGGUACUCACUCAAGCUUGGAAAGACUGCUGGUGGUUCAACUGGCCUCCGUCUCAAGGACAAGGCACUGACUGCCGCCCUCUCCAUCAUUGUGUGCCGUGGAAUGAUCCUUCCAUUCACCACUCUUACUCACGCUUUCACCCACGCCUCGGGCAACGUCUCAGCCGUCGUCAUGGCACCAAUCAUGACCUUGACUGCCAUGCGUGCACUUGUCAUCGCCGUCAUGAAGGACAUCCCAGAUAUGGCUGGCGACAAGGCCGCUGGAGAGAACUCCACUUUGGCUAUCAGCUUGGGAGCACCAAGAGUGUUCCGCUGGUGCAUUAACCUCAUGUGUCUCCCAUCUCUGUUGGCUUUGAUCGCCGUCGGACUCAACAUCUCGGGCUUCACCACCACCUGGAACGCUCACAUUGUGAUCCUGUAUCACGUGUGCGCACUCCUCUACAUUCGCUGGCAAGAGUCGGCCGUCGAUGCCAACCAGCCAUCCCAAGUCACCCGUUUCUACACCAAGACCUUGUGGAUCAUGUUCUACGUCGAGAUGCUCCUCUUCCCCGCUAUGCUCAACUAA